GAAAGAGAAAUUAGAAAUAUUAGUAGGAUGGUGAACAAGCAAAAUAGUAGCCACAAAAAUUUCAUUAUUAUCUUAACUGUCAGGCCAGCGCUAAUCAAAAUCUCAGUAUUAUAAAUCGACCGCAAUCAAUGGUGCAUCGUCACGUUUGUGUCCUGUUCUCUGCUUUCUAUUGGCUCCUAAAAGUCGCUCAUUCUCAGUCUGGCUCGCUCAGAUUCUCUCUCUCUCCUUUUAGUGAGUGCAUAAAUAGUGUGCAUCAGCAAGUAUCAUCCGCUUAAAACUGGAGUUGAGCAGCCAGAGGGGAGGCCCUUGAACGCAUUACGGGGGGCGGGUUAUCAGCCAUCAUAAUGAUGUCCUACUUGAAGCAGCCCCCUUACACGGUCAACGGACUCAGUUUAUCCUCCCCUGGGGUGGACCUACUGCACCCUACCGUGGGAUACCAAGGCACGCCUCGGAAACAGAGGCGGGAGAGGACCACCUUCACCAGGGCCCAGCUGGACGUGCUGGAAAACCUGUUCACCAAGACGCGCUACCCGGACAUCUUCAUGAGGGAGGAGGUGGCCCUCAAGAUUAACCUGCCUGAAUCCAGAGUGCAGGUAUGGUUCAAAAACCGAAGGGCCAAACACCGCCAGCAGGCCCAGCAGACCCAAAGCGGAGCACCCAGCAAAGCGUCCAGCACCAGGCCGGUGAAAAAGAAACCCUCUCCGGUCCGGGAGGCCAGCUCGGACAGCGGGGCGAGCGGCCAGUUCACGCCGCCCUCCAACGCCUCUCUGCCGCCCGUGAGCACCACGGCGACGCCGGUGUCCAUCUGGAGCCCGGCUUCCAUUUCGCCUCUGCCCGACCCCAUGUCCGCUUCCUCGGCGUCCUCCUGCAUGCAGCGCUCCUACCCGGUGACGUACACCCAGGCCACGUCUGCCUACAACCAGGGCUACACGGGUUCGUCGUCCUACUUCUCCGGCAUGGACUGCGGCUCAUACCUCUCGCCGAUGCACCACCACCACCACCACCAGCUGAGCUCCGCCAUGAGCCCGAUGAGCAGCGGAGGAGGAGGCGGCGGCGGCGGCGGGGUGUCCAGCCACCUGAGCCCGGCGUCGUCGCUCUCCUCGUCCGCGUACGGCUACGGAGGCACCGCAGACUGCAUGGACUAUAAGGACCAGACAACUUCGUCCUCAUGGAAGCUCAAUUUCAACACCGAUUGUUUGGAUUAUAAAGAGCAGCAGGCGGCGUGGAAGUUCCAGGUUUUGUGAUUUGAUUUACAGGCCCUGUGGGAGCGGGCGCGAGCCGGCCAGAGGGGUGCGGGGUGGGGGACUCCUCUUCUACCUCUUCCCCCCCUUUUUUUCAUCUGAGAAUUCACACUCCAGACUUUGAUCGAG